UGCUAAAAGUAUCGAUACGCUUGUAUACCUCACGCAGCGAGUCUUGUUUGCAUUUUGAUAAAAGAAAAAAUUUGCUCUAAUUAAAUUAAAAAAUUCUGUUAAAUGGCGACGCUUGAAGAUAAAUUAUUGGGUGAAAAACUGCAGUACUACUGCAGCAGCAGCGAGGAAGAGGAUAAUGGUGACGAUGGUGAUGACGACGGCGCUGGCAGCUCCCGCAAAGGAGGCGGCGGGGGACUGACAAUCAAUACCGAUCGAAAUGCAGCACCCGCAGGAGGAUUUAUUUCGCAGGGCUCGACGAAUACGGGUCCCAAAGGUGUGGUCAAGGAUUGGCAGCGUUACAAGCAAUUGGAAACGGAGAAACGCGAAGAGACCGAACGUCAGCGUAUGGAGCUAGCCAAAAAGCUGAGUAUGAACGCAACCACAUCUGCCGAGGAUGAGGAACGCAAGCGUCAAGAAGAGCUCGAUGCGGAGUUCGCGGAACUGAUGAGUGAGGAUUUUCUUCAGCAAUAUCAGAAGCAACGCAUGGCUGAAAUGUUGCGACAAACGGGGCACAAUCAGCAGUUUGGUAAGGUGGAACAACUGUCCACACACGAGGAGUUUCUCUCUUGCGUGGAGAAGGAGAGCAAGCACACCACCAUUAUCAUACAUAUCUAUGAGCGUGGCCAGUCCGCCUGCUCCACGCUCAACAACUGCCUGGACACCUUAGCCAGCGAAUAUCCGUCCAUUAAGUUUGCCAAAAUCUGCAGCUCUGUGGCUGGGAUGAGUCGUGACUUCCGCACCAAAGGACUGCCCGCUUUGUUGGUCUAUAAAGCGCAGGCGUUGAUCGGCAACUUUGUGCGUCUCACCGAUGAUCUGAGCGAUGACUUCUAUGCCUCCGAUGUAGAAAGUUUCCUCAUCGAGAAUGGCAUCAUAGUGGAUAAGGCCUUGUACAACUAAACACAAAUAUUAUAUAGCAUAUAAUAUAGUAUAAGCUGACCAAAAGAUGUGUUCCCUCACAAGUCUCAAAAUUUCAAUUCGUUUUGCAAUUUAGUUAUUUAUUUUUCCCAUUCAGUAAUUACUUACAAUAUAUGUAUGAUUCUCUUGAAAUCUUGUAUACAGUUUUACUUCUUUCUUUCAUUUAUUUUUUUAUAUGUGCAACUUUUGCUAUUAAUGAGAAAAGAAAUUAUACAGAGAGAAUGUCAAUUUAUUUUCUUUUUUAUACACAUUCGAUAUACAUACAUAUAUAUAUUUAAAAAAAAAGUGAAAAGCCAAUUUGUUUUGUUUAAAAAUAUUUGAAAAAUGUAUUCGAAAAGCCUUCGCAGCAUGAAUGAAUGAAUGGAUUACAAUCUCUAUAUAUGGAACAGAUGCUGGUUAUUCCUUUCGCAUCUUAAUCAUAAUCAUAAUAUACAACAUAAGAUUUAUAAUAUAUUUAUUUUUUGUUUGUUUAAGGGCUAAUGAAUGUACUUCACUCGAAAUCGUACUAUGUAAGAUUUAUACAUAUACAAUAUAUAUGUAGUAUAUAUAUACCUAUCAAUAUAUUUAUAUUUCUAUAUAGCUUAUAGCCUAA